AUGGCAAACUGGAAAGAACUGGGUGAGGUCCCAGACUCGGACGACGAACUCGACUUCGAUAGCCAGGAUCUUGAGUCGCUGCCGAACCCCGAACUACCUUCGAAACCCACCUCCGAUACUUUACAAACGAAGGACGUCCGAAAGAGCAUAUGGGAUGUUCCCGAAUCGUCACAGGAUACGCCAGCAGACGCGACUACAGAUCGUGUAGCAACGGACCGCCACCAUGAGGUGUUUAAGCCUAUUGACGGAGAGCCGCCCUCUUCGCCGCUGUCUUCGGUGCCGGAUGUGGAUGAGCUGGACGACCCCUUCAACUUGGACUUAGACGAACCAGCAGCCCAAGUGGCACCUACGACAAAAACGAGGACUAGGUAUCUUCCCAACGACCGCGACGACUCUCCUGAUCCCCUGGCUGGCGAUGAUACCGUUUCGACGAGCUAUGUUAGAAUCACUGCUCCUGAACCUGAGUUCCCCGCCGAGAACGAUACCGAAAGCCUUCCACAUCCUAAAAAGUCUCUGGCGGCCUCUUCACAACCCAGUCAACAGAGCCGGCAGAGACGAUUGGCUGCUCAGCUCUUUGCUAGUUCUAGCCCGGAUGCAGAGGUGGCAGCUCCAGUUCAGCAGUCUAACGAUGGCAACACUUCGCCUCCGAGGCCUUUAUCCGUCUCCUCGGCAGCCUCUUCUGUUGCUUCUCCGGCGCCGACCCAGUCGAGGAAGCAGCUGAGGCCGGCAGCUAUUCAGCGGGUGGAAAGCUCCAACAGGGACGAGGAGGUUGCUCGACAAGUCGCUGUGCGGUAUGAACGCUCGUUCAGACCAAGGAAACCCAUCCAGGAACACCCAUACCUCAUUGAGAAUGCCCAGUACAGCAAGGCUCUCAAGUCACACGGCAUCCGGCCGAUCAGAAUGCCCACAGAGCCAGCCCCGAGACGUCAACGGCCGGAGGAGGAUUCCCAGGAGAAGGAUUUUGAGGAUGAUAGCCAAGAACCCACAGCUGAUGCGCCAAACGGAACCACAGACGAGAGCCAGUUCAACGGCCUGGAUAUCCCGCUGAGCUCUAGUCCUCAGCUGAUGUCGUCCCUCUCCGAUUCACCCCUCCGAACAUCGUCCCCCAAGCACCGCGGCGGACCGAGUAGCCAACCAAGUCAGGGCGAUACGGAUAAUACCAGCUUCUCCGAUGUCGACGAUUUGCCAUCUCUUGAUAAGAUUCACCGCGACUUGCUGGCAAACCGAUCUGCCAAAAAGCGAAAGCGCGGGAAAGGCACUGCGACCAAGGCUGUGGUGACGCAGACGGCAGCCCCAAAUGCGCCCUCGCGUCCGCAGUUUCAGCAGUAUGAUGAGAUUUACGGCAUGCUUUCUUCGCCGUCCUCGUCGCCUGAAGUACAGACUACUGUGAUCAACCAUUUGAUUGAUCCUACAUCAUUGCCUACAGAGAGCAACGCCGAAACGGUAUUUUCUGAGGACGAUGACCUGCCUAUCGUGGAUGGCAACAUGUUGUCUGCUCCUGAGCUCCAGGGGCGAAUUUCGGUCGAAAGGGAACCGCCAGUCUUCGACCUGACCGUGGCAGACAUGUCCGAUGUGGAAGAAGACAAUGGAUCCGGAGAUGUUGAUGCGCAGAGCAGUUCAGGAGAGGAGUCGGAGGCUCGGGAUGAUGGUCGCGAGGAGGUCGGCGCGGCGAUUGCAAAGAGAAUGCGAGGUGUCCUUCCGGCAUCCUGGCUUAGGCUCGACCAACAGGCAAACCGUCCCAAGCCUACUCAGUACCAACGCCCCGAUGACUCCCCUGAGAAGGGUCCAAGACGAGGCGUGGCUGUCCGACGGAUAGGUCGCUCGGCAUCAUCUACGGCAGCAGCGUUUCUCUUCGAUGACUCAGACGACGAUGUGGUCACUACGCAGACGCCUACACGUCCUUCUCACAAUAUCCAGACUGUGUUGCCUUUCGAGAGAUCUGAGGUCACGGAAAUCAGUGACGACGACGACGGUGGCUCCGUCGUUGAAGAAGACCAGGUUGACCAUAUGCUACCAAGCAGAAAACGUCAAUUGACUUUGAAAGACUUUCGACAACCCGCCAAAAGGCAGAAAAAGAACGACCGUCUAUCAAGCACCCAACCCAAGAAACGCGGGCGACCGCCGAAAAGCGCACUCCGAACUUCUGGAGCUUCCCGCCUCGAUCCUUUCUCUAAAAGUCGCAAAUCUACUUUGAGCAACACUCGAGCUGUGGCCCGAGCGAAACCUCCAAGGUUGAGCAUUCUGGAUGUCAUCGAACCAGAUGCGCCGAAGUUUCUGAAGAUUGCGGCUCGAGCAGCUCACAGCAAGCGACACAUGGGACGAUCCAGUCCUACACACAAGAGCAUACGCCUAGCCACGCGGAAGGACAAUGUAGAUGCCGGCAGAGUGCUCCAACAGUGGAAAGGAGGCAAGAUUCGACCUCGAUCUGGAUUGCAGACGAAGAAACCUAGGCCCACAGGGUCAAGUGGAAGACACCCACUGACUCAACUACCAUCAAAUGUCUUCUCUCGUGGUGCUGUAUCCUCUCCAAAAGCCCGCAGCGCCACGCAGUCUGAUGAACUCCGUCGUGAGACCUCAACGCCUUUGACGCCUUUGACGCCUUUGCCGGAGGCGCACUCUCGGAUAAGGCAAAUGUCGAGAAGUAAUUCGGUCACAAGCCAGCAGACGCAAGAUACCCGAAAUAGGCCGGCUCAGCUUGAAACGGAUUUGACCCAGCAACCGGGUAGAGUCGGUUUCCAAGCAAAGAAGCGAGCUCUCGAUGCUCUUUUCAAGCGUAAUCACUCGCAGUCGCUGUCAUCGAGAAGUGCGCACUUGGAUUCUUUCUUAGAUGACACAUCAUCAGUAGUAUCAGGGCACAGCCUUGCUGCUGGAGGCUCUCCUGAGCCUGCAGCAGUCAAGAGGCCCAUACUGAAGCGCCCGAGAAAGCCUGUACAGCCAAUCCAGAUCGAUGUAACGGCCGCCCAUUUCCGCCACGCAGAUGACCCCAUGCCUAUCAUAGAGUUGAUAACUCCCGUCGAAACGCCCAAAGCCGCGUUCAACGAUAAUCAGCUUCUUGGUCUUGGUCCUUUUGGCACACACUAUACACAGCACUUUGAUAUUUUCCCCCUGGACCGCGGGGUCUUCUUUCACGAGACAACACUCAUAGGCAGUGGACGGGUCAGCUCAAUAGCGUAUGACCAGUUUCCCGAGAAGGUGUGGAAUUAUCGACCCCGAAUUUCUUACAGCCUUGGUGAAAUGGUCCUUCGAUGGGACUCAUGGACCGAGCAAGUCUCGUCCGAGUUCGGCAUCGUGAUGGACGGGAUCCUCGAGCAAAUUCUCAGGCCAUCGCUGUCUGCAGAAGUCACACUCAAUGGCAAAGCAGCGGCAAGAUUUGUUCUGGACUACGUCCAAAAAGCGAUGAGCUUCACCAACGAUGCCGAUGCUGCCUCAUUCAUCGCUCGGGUGUCUGAUGUGGUCAAGUCUUUCUUGACGCGCUUCGAAUCUGAAGAUGUCAGUGACUUAGCUCAACGUCGGGAACUGGCUGACGUGUUGUCGAAUGUAUUCCUCGUUGUCUCUUACGCCGUCCGCCUCUGUCAAAAAAGUCCGGCGCUGAUGACAGAGAGCUUUGCUAUGGAGGCGCUUCUCAGAAAAACUGCAGAAACACUGGUCCGAUCGCUACUCGGCAUUGGCCUGGAUGACGUUAUGCAACUCUACGAUGAUCUUCAGACCUUAAGAUACCGCGAGCGUGGCAUUCGCUCCGACAAGUUCGUAGCACACGCUUGGGUAGUUCUCAUAAAGGCCCUAGAAUAUCUUCGGAUUCCUAGGAUGACAUUCUGGGACGUUACAUACUCGUGCAUGAUACAACCAAGUGUCAUUCGUGGCAUGGACUCCCAAGAGUUUGAGAAUCUUUGGAAGAAGAUGUUCACGCUCCUACCCUUGUGCGAAUUUGACGAUAAUGGUGUGGUCGUUUCCGAUAGGAGACACCUGGUUCCCCUGGAAGGGUGGAACUUGCCCCAGCAAGUCCUCAAACGCGUCUUCCAACUAUACCGCGACAAUCCCCGCCAGUCUCCAAGCUUCAACGACUACUGCCGGGCACUAGUAUCCAGAUGCCACUAUCUGGUCGAUCAAUGGGGUUGGCAGAAAAGCAGCGGUAUCAUCGGUACCAUCUUCGACUUCUUUGGCUCGCAGAACUUAUCUCAUCUGCGCAACGAAGAAGCCUUCCGCUCAGCUCGUUUCCUAGACAGCCUUCAUCUUGAGCCUUCUCUCCUUGUCGAGCCUGAGGAUAGGUGUUUCCACAUAUUCCUCAAACUCGUGGCACUAGCCAUCAAGAGGCUGAGACAAAAUGGGGCAAUCAACGACAUUCGGAAUUUGGUCGCUCGCACACUGCCAAACCACGACCGGCAAUAUUCUAAAGAACAAGACGUUCACCAGAAUGACUUAGCCGCUCUCAGGAACCAUCAUGAUCUCUUAUGUACUCUGUUCUGGGCAGCGCCACCUGAUCUUCGUCCCGGCAUCCACAAUCUGGAGAAAUUAGUCAUUCCCGCUAGCUCUCAUAAGGAAGCCUGUCUUAUUAACCUGCGGGCCUGGAAUCAACUGGCAAGAUUUGUUGUACACGAAGAGUCCGCCGCGUCAUUCAACCCGCUGGCUAGCUGGCAGGCCAAUGUCUUCAAGCAGCUGUUGGACCAGUACAACUCUGCCGCAGCAGAUAUCCAACAGCAGUUCUUAGCACUGUCUAAGGAUGAUAGCAAUAAUGUCAGCGAGGACCUGAUGAACUCCAUUGUGGCUACAAACAAAGCUGCAACCAUGGAGAUCAUGCUGUUCUCAGUCAAGUCCUCAAUGGAGGUUGUGCAGUAUGCGAGUAGUUUGGAGUUGGCAAGGCUUGCCUCUAGCCCUUAUCAAUUACAGCAAGUCUUCCAGCAUUUCUCUACUUUGCCAGCAGACUUCCCGUCCACGCUUCUCCAAGCCUCUAUGACCACACUGGAACGUCUUCUUGGCCGAAUCGAGUCGGUCUUCAACGAAGCAGAUGAUAGUCAAGACAGUAUGGCCUCUCGGACUUUGGAGUCCGAGGAUGCUAUUCUGAUGCUGGACCGCGAAUUGGCUGCUGCGUUCCUUUCAGCAGCACGCUGUCUCUUGUCAAAUCAAUCGCGCGGUAAACCUGGCAAUUCAGGCGUGUCAACAUCCUGUGUUGAGCAAUCCGUCGUGGUAUCUGGCAUGAUGAUUGGUCUUUUCGUACGCUGCGGAAUGAUGCUUGACUGCGAACAACGACAAUACCUUCCACUCUUCCUUUCCGUUGUCGCGCAGAAGGGAGCAACCAUUAACCUGGAGGAUAUUGGAGGAAGCCUUUUGCUGUUGUGGCUCAUGGUCAUCAUACAGCCGAGUCACUGCUUGAGAUUUGAGAACCGGUUUGGACAGCAGCUCCAGCGGCAGGGCUAUCCUUUCAUUCCGGACAAAGCAGGUCUUGUCGUCAACCCAGGCUACGCGGCCAACCGUGACUUUUUUGAGUACGCGGCAUCUUGGAUGCGGAAAUCUUUACACACAGCCGACGCUGCCUCCAAGAAGAACAUGCGGUCGGAGUUCGAGAGAGUGCUUAAUGCCGUCAUGAUCCAAAUGCGGGCUGACCUUCAAAUCAUGACCGCAGACGAAUUACAACACCCAAGCUAUAUCAAGUUCGUCCGCAACAUCAUUUCCCUCAUCAAGGCUCAUGGUUCAGACAUCUGUCCCGUACAAAAGUUCUUUUUGGAAGUGAGCAAGGAGUAUUCGCCACCGAUGCAGGACCCGCAAUUACAAGCAGCGUUGAUCCAGUCAUACGGAUUCAAGCUUGCGGAAGGCGACCCCAGAGUCCCUAGUACGUUAUUCCACUUCUUGCUCAAUAACUUCAAGGGGGCUCUUCAGCGUGGCCGACUGCCGCAUGAGGUUGUCCUCCUAAAAGGGGCUUUGGAAAAUGAUGCCAUCAUGUCGUUCGUUCUCAGCAAGAUGCUUCCCGCGGUGCUGCAUGCCACCCUAUCUAAUGUCGAGGCCUACGCGAUGCUCGAUGUUUUAUGCGACGCGCUUGGACUGGCAAUAAAAUCGUCACCUAUUCCUCGUCAAGUCAGCGAAGACAAUAUGGGGUGCAUUGCUGCCUUGGUCACCACCACAUUGGCGUGGGCAAACGCCCUAGGACGGAGCAUGCUUAGUCCUGAGCAUGUUCAUGUGCUCCGACGCAUCACUUGGCUCCUCAACGCAUUUCAGCCUUCUCUUGAAGCGUUCUCAUUCAUGGUUACAGAACCUCGAGGCUGGGACAACGUUAUGUCGAUGUUACAUUGGUUCAGCCUGCUCGCCCAAGGGGCGCAAGAGUAUCUUGAAAACCAAGAAACCCCUUUCAUAGCCGCAUCGGGGCUGUUUCGCCGACUCAGAACUCUCAAUGAGAUCUUCACGAUCCAGGACACCACGGUUCUGACCUGGUCAGAGCAUAUAGGAAACGACAUCAGUAGGAAUUGGGUCACGACAGGACCAUUGUUAACGGUAUCACCACACAACCGUGGCACACCUUCAACGCAGUCUGGGAUUGGAUCACUACGGCCUAAGUGGGACAUGCAAGAAUUGACGACGAGUCUGCUAGAUCAAAUGCGGAACUGGCAUGAGUGGUGGACGAGGGUGAAGGAGUUGCCAGCUGAUACUGAGGAAAAACAAGUACAUACCAUUAUGCCCACAGCUAUCUACCAAGGAUUCAAAAAUAAUCUUCAUCGCCAUUCCGCCGUUCUCACUAAGCAUGGUACCGGCUUCAACAGCUCGAAAGCAAACAAGGUCUCUUUUGCCACGCAACGACACCGCCAAUUGCUGGCAUUUUGCUCAUUGUCCUUCCGAAUGUAUGCAAUAGGGCCUCGGGCCCUUGCAUCAGCCUCACGAGUCUCCGUUACAUCGAGGUUAGCGCUUUCGGUCGCUCAUCGCAGCCAGUGUCGACAUUUCCACCCGUCCUUUAGGUUGCGGAAGAGCCCGUCCGAAGGCGGCGCAGAAGACGGCAAACCACCAGACAAACCGGCCGGCGAGCAAGAGGACGGCAGUAGAAGCAAAGAUGGCAGCAUAAGCAAGACUGAGUCGGUCACGGCGGAGUCGGCUUUUCGGAGGUCGAGAGGCGGCGCGUUCGCCUCUGCGAGAGCGCGCCUCUCAAGGCCGCGGGCCGCUGACGAGCUGCCACCGGUGAAGCUGCCGCAGAGCUUCCUCGACAACAGCGUGUCGCUGUACGAUCCCGAAAACCGCAUCAACACCCUCACCAACGACCUGUGGCACCAUCGAUACAUGGGCGCCCGCUGGCACGAUCUGCUCUGGAAAGAUUUGGAUCUCGUCUUCAGCCAUGCGUCUUGGAGCGAAGCGAAGUUGCAAGAUGCGCUGCGCCGGGGCAAUCUCGAAGCCAUUGAGAGGAGGAGCCGCCUCCUUGCUGAGGCAUCGCAGUGGCUGAGUCUCUCCAUUGACGAGAUGCGAUCUUCGAACAACCUGCAGAACUCCCGCGAGCCGCUGCCGACCACCGAAUUCGCAGACAUGCUGCGAUACUCCAACAAAUUCGUCCUUUCGAACCUUUUGUCGCAACACACCAGAGCAACGACGGACGCCGAUCCAACACAAGAUCCAGACAGCGUACUGCAAUCGCUUGUCGAGCAAUACAUCGAAGAGGGACGGCCGAAGCUGCGACGUGACGGACUGAGGUUAUUCGACCCCCGAAUCCGCGGCGAAGUCGUCACGGCUGUGUGCGCGGAGCUUUCUCUGCAGCCGGACGCAAGUGCCGCAGGCAGGGAGCUCAAGAGACCGCUUACUGUCGUCAACAUCCCGAACUACACCGGCCGAAGCCAUACCAAGAAGCUCAUGAAGCACGUUGCGUCAUGCGCGGAAGCCGAUUUGAUUCACCUCGAUGCGCAGGAGCUGGCGAUGCUUGUCGGCGACUACAUCGGGCAGGACUGUGCCUACUCGCGCGGCUCGAUCUCUAUGCUGGGAUAUCGGUCUGCCGAGAUGAAUGGACGUCUCGUCAAGAGCGAGGAGCCGUCCAAGCCCAACGACGAGGAUCUUUCCGGCGAGAUCGAAGCGGCAUGGGUCAACCUUCGAGAUCACGGGGUGGAUGGCGGCUACGGCAACCCAAUGGACAACGAACUGCAAAAGAUCAAAGAAGGCCCCAAGGACUACAUCCUUCCUUCUGUCGAUCGAUGGGAAAACCUGAAGAUCAACGCCGUUCUCGAGGAGAUUGCCAACUCGGCUACGAAGAUGACGUCGAAGCCAGAUCGCAACCUGAUCAUUCACGUGGACGACUUCGUCGAGCUCAACAUGACGCUCGAGGGUGCGCUGCUCAUCGGUCGACUUCGGACCAUCGUAGACACCAUGUGGCGCGCUGGAAAGAGAGUGACCCUGGUGGGCACCUCAUCCAACGAGAACCCUUCGGAGCAGUACGCAUCGACGCUCAAGGAGAUUGCGGCAGAGGAGUGUUUGAUCCCUUUGCCCCUGAACUUCCAGCGGAUCACCGACGCUGCAAACACCAAGAAGAUUUACGAGGCCAAUGACUUCUUGCAAGAGAACCUGCGAAACAUCCAGCAUAUGCUGAAGAGCAUUUCUGGCCAAACGCGAGACACGAGUAAACUGCGCAUCGUUGGCGUGUCAAAGUCCUCGCCGCCGCAGUUCCUCUUGGAUGACACACAUGGCUCUUAUAUGGAGGUCUCGCUCAUCCCCCGCGUUCUGGCAACCUCCAUCCUCCCCCUUUCCGACGUAUACCACAUAACCCGCCUCUUCUACGCCUGCGAGGGCACCGUCCGCCCCGACGAGUCAUGGAGGGUUCUCUUCGACGUCGUCGAGUCCAGCAGCUACAGCACCGCGCAGCUGCACCGCACCCAGGACCGGCCGACGCGCUCCAAAUCCUCCUCUGCCGGCGCGAGCUCGUCUGCCGACAUGCAGAAGCCCGAACCCGAACGCCUCCGCGUGUCCGGCAACUACAACGACUACGAGAAGAAGCUCCUCAGCGGUCUCGUCAACAGCAGCGAGAUCAAGACGACGUUUGCCGACGUCCACGCCGACGCGGAGACCAAGAACAACCUCAAGCUCCUGACCUCGCUGUCGCUCGUCCGCCCUGAAGCCUUCACAUACGGCGUCCUCGCCACCGACAGGAUACCGGGCUGCCUCCUCUACGGCCCGCCCGGCACCGGCAAGACGCUCCUAGCCAAGGCCGUCGCCAAGGAGAGCGGCGCCAACAUGCUCGAGGUCAGCGGCGCCAGCAUCAACGACAUGUACGUCGGCCAGAGCGAGAAGAACGUGCGCGCCCUCUUCUCGCUCGCCAAGAAGCUGAGCCCGCUCGUCAUCUUCAUCGACGAGGCCGACGCCCUACUCGCCGCCCGCGGGCAGCGGAACCGCGCAGCGCACCGCGAGACCAUCAACCAGUUCCUGCGCGAGUGGGACGGCAUGAGCGACACCAAAGCCUUCAUCAUGGUCGCCACCAACCGGCCCUUUGACCUCGACGACGCCGUGCUCCGCCGGCUGCCGCGCAAGAUCCUCGUCGACCUGCCCCUCAAGGCCGACCGCGCCUCCAUCCUCCGCAUCCUCCUCAAGGGCGAGACGCUCGACGCCUCGGUCGACGUCGACGACGUCGCGCGGAAGACGGUGCUCUACUCCGGCUCCGACCUCAAGAACCUCUGCGUCGCGGCCGCCAUGACGGCCGUCCAGGAGGAGAGCGAGGUGGCGGCGCGGCACACCGGCCCGGAACCCUACGUGUUCCCUCCCAAACGCACGCUUGCGAAACAUCAUUUUGAUAAAGCGCUCAAAAUGAUCGCCGCCAGCGUCAGCGAGGACAUGGACAGCUUGAAGAGCAUCCGUCGCUUCGACGAGAAGUACGGCGAUGUCCGGGCCAAGAACAGCCAGAAGAGGAAGGGCAUGGGUUUCGGUGUGCUGCCGACGUCGACGGAUGCUGAGGAGGCUAGGGUGCGGCAGGCUGUUGCUUGA